UCAAUACAAUUCACCGAGUGAUUCAUUAUGUAAGGAACUAUCAAGAUACGUUGAACUUUUAGGGAAAUUCUUGCGGAAUUAGACUUUAAUGGAGAGACCCAGUGGAAGGAAAUGAUUUGGAGCUGUGUAGAGUUUCGAAGACGAUGGCAGAAAGAUAUGAAAGUUGCUCAUCCGAACCAAAGCGCACAGCUGCGGCAUUCUUUCAGCACCUUCCACCAGCAGCGGGAUCGAAGAGGUUAUAUUGAGAACAAAGGUACUUGAAACGUUAUAUCAUGCCUAAGGAGUCUGUAACCCAGGAAACGACCCCAGCGGCAAUGUCGUUCCUUCAGAUUCCAGAGACGUCGUCUGCAGUCGAACUCGUGCCCGGAAACUCUCGAGUUGGUUCGGUAGCGUCUUCGGUGAAGUCUGGUUCGAUACACUUUUCAACAACUGUACGAAUGCUUGCUCCAAUGAUAUGGUCGCGAAUACAGUCUCGUAGAGCGAAAUCAGUGGCCUUUACCACCCCUGUUUCUUUCAACACAAAUGAUUCUUCAAACGACAAUACCAAGGGUCUGGAGCCCUUGCGGUUGGAGGAAGAAUUGGACAUCCAACAUCUUGAAACCCUCAUGUUCAAAUUUAAGACACACAUUCCUGACAAGGUAGAACUCAAGAAAUGGCUGACAAGGAGAGGAUCAGAAUACAGAGAUCCUACCAGGUUUCAUUCUGCUGGGUUAAUGACACAGGAAGAAUUUCAUGAAAUGCUAGCAGAUUUAUUAGAAGUUGAGACAUGGGACCGCCAUAAGGUGGCACUAUUUGAGAAGGAAAUAGGAACAUUAUUUAAAAAGGUUGAUAUUGCAUCUGAUGGCCUUGUUGACUGGGAUGAAUUCUGUACUUAUCUGAUGCUUCAGUUUGACGAGAAUGACCAAGCCACAAAAGUUAAUGGGAAUACUUUUAUUCCUAAGCCAAAUAUUGUUAGGAUAGAUCAUAACAAGGAGACAACAACAAAAAUUCUCACAGAUUUUAAUCCCAUGAGAUAUGUAACAAUUAGUAAGGAAGGAAUUAUUGGAGUCUGGAGUACAGAACUGGACCUUCAAAGGAAAAUUGAAAUGGAGCAUAAUAACUCAGAUGCUGAGCGUACUUCCAACAAGAGACACAUCAAGAUGUGGGUUACAGAUGCUGUUGCUAUGCCAAAUGUGCAUAAGAUGGCUUUAUCUACCACAAACAGAGACAUACAUUUUUAUGAUAUGUCCACACCAAUUUACAUCCCACAAUUUCAUCUUUGUGCUCUUGGAAAUGUGGUUCUGUGUCUUGAUUAUUGUUACAACAAGAAAUUGCCUGCUGGCAAGUCAAUGCUUUUUCUUGGAAUGGACAAUGGCGUCAUUUUGUUCCUUGUGUUCUCUACACCUCUCAAAGGACUGUUUGAGACUCCGUUCAAGAAGACAUCAGGCAGUCACCAGGUUUACCUUCAGGACAUUCCAACUCACUCUCGUUUUGUAUCUUGCCACACUCUGGGGCAAGUCCAUUCUGAUUGGGUGAGGAGAGUGAGGUAUAUUCCAGCAAAGGAGUUCGUUAUUUCUUGUAGCGGCAGUGGAAAAGACUCGCUUGUAGUUAGAGAUAUCGAUGAUAAGAAGCGGAAAACAUACACUUUUAAAGUGGCAAAGGGUGUGGAAUGUUUUGACUACAGUCACAACCUGAAUGUUAUCUGCACCGGUGGAGUGGAUCACGCUGUUCGUCUGUGGAAUCCUUACGUGACAGUGAAACCUGUCGCCAUUAUGAAGGGGCACCAGUCCUCUAUCAUCGACUUGGCAAUUCAUGAGGGUCUGGAGCAGGUCUUCAGUUAUGACAAGGAUGGGGUAUUGAAGGCCUGGGAUAUCAGAGAGCAAGUAUGUCAUCAAACAAUACCCGUCAGGUUCCCAUUUGGCCACAGAAUUCCUGAACACGGACCUUUUCCAUUUCUCCUCAUCACUUCACCCAUCAACUCUCUGUUUAUUGGGAGUAACGAUUGCUUGGCAGAGAUCAAGAUCGUAGCAAUGGGUGCAAAUAAGAACGGUAAGACUACUCACUGGAGACCCCUGACUGCUGCUCUGUACAACUCAAGCAUGGGUCACGUCAUCACGGCUUGUGAAGGGUCCGUUGUAACAUUCUGGGAUCUGAACACCGGACGCCAGGCGCAACACAUUUCAGAGGCACAUGGCACGGAGGAAAUCUCUUGCAUGACAAUUGAUCCUUCAGGGCGGCGUCUUAUGACUGGGGACAGGAGUGGUAACAUUCAUGUUUGGAAUGCCAGUAAUGGUCAUCUGUUGAACAAACUUGAACCUGUGGAGGAAAAUGAAGUGACAGGAAUCAUUUCUCUUCCAGAAAAAAGCAAAAUAAUCACAGUGGGAUGGAAUCGCAAGAUUCUGGUUUAUUAUGACGAUAUGCAGACAUUUUGUCUUCGACCCAACGCAGGUUGGAAAGGAGGGCAGUUGCAUCAGGACGAUAUUUUGACUGCCGCCUACUGUCCCCCAAAUUACCUUGCCACGGCCAGUUUUGACGGGGAUAUCAUUCUUUGGGGUCUGGACCGAGAGAAGAUGAUUCGACGACUGAAAAAAGGAUCUGGAAGUUUGUUAAAAGCUAAGAUUAAAAAGCUGGGCCUUAUCCAAAACAAAAAAUCAUAUCAAAAUAGCUGUGGCGCACCGGUGGACAAGUUAUUGUUUCUUAAAUCAAGAGCUCAGUGGAGGACACAGGAGAGCGCUGUUCUUGUGUCAUCGGAGGCUGGUACUCUGGAGUUUUGGUGUUUUUACGGCGCGAACAGACCCAUGGGAAGAUAUUUCGCUGCCAGUGAGGAUGAAAGUACUAUAUUUGCGUUAACAACUGACCCCAGUAACGAGAUGUUGAUAACUGGUGAUUCUAACGGCACCAUCUCUGUGUGGGACAUCAGCUCUUACUGCAUUUCAAGAGCAGAAGCCAUUGUUGCUCAGGUUUGGUCGACAACUCAAAGAGCUGGCUCCACCGAUGAUAACCCAGAAGGCAAACCUCCAGUACUCUCCAGUUGGCAUGCGCAUUAUGGCUCUGUGUCCAGUGUGGAGUACAUACGACGUGAUGAAGGCGCUUUAUUGCUUUCCGCUUCUGAGGACUGCACAGCAAGGCUCUGGACACUGAACGGUCAAUGCAUCGGAAUGUUUGGGCAGAAGAGGUUGUGGAACGUCGACGAUCCAAGUUCUUACAGACUUGCAGGAAAUAAUGGUCUCGAAGGAAAGGAAACCGAGGAAGAAAAGGGAAGUAACGGAAGAAAAAGUCAACUCGGCGAGAUGGGUGGUUCAAAUGCUGACCGAACCUCCCCACUCAGUGUAAGUCCAGUUCGACGAAGCACUAGUCCAUUAAUCUCCGAACAGCCUCAUUUAAGCAGAAGCACACCCACAACUCCUCGCGAGCGCAGCUUCUUGCCAAGCAUUGAAGUGGCGAUGGCAGGUGAAGAUGGAAGCGAAGAAGACCCAUACUCCUGGAUGAAGAAUGAAUACUACAGGUCCAUGACCAGCUUGGUGCUGGAAAGAUCCUCCAAGAACUCACAGUCGUGGUCUAUCCUGGGGGAUCAUUACAACAAGGAUUUUAGGCGCCGCAUGGAGACGAGGCAAUCGCGAAGAGAUCACGUGGGUAACGUGAACCGAAAGUUAACGUGCGGAGGAGGAUUGGGAAACACCUGUUCUCCUUUCCAAGCGCUUCAUAUCCCUGACACGAAAGAGUAUGAACUGCCAAAAAACAUGCCAGUGUCAUCCCGUAUGACGCACAAGACCAACAGAGCGUCAGCAGAACCCAUCUGGAUGGCUGUCAGACAGGGUGCAUUGCCGCCAUUACCAGCGCUCAAGAGAUCUGACAGCUUCCUCACCAUGGCGGAUUCUGCGUCAGGAAACACGUCGCAGUUCUCGUUUUUGGUUGAAUAAGACUGAAGGAGGCUCACAGCAGGAGGAAUUGGUGAUCAACAGCUUUGCAGUUGUAGUGAUCGGCAUCACAGCAGAGAAAGAUUUGUUUCGCAGUCGACUUUGCCUCAACAAACUUAAGGAAGAACAAUAGGAGAUAAGUCUCGUGUUUAGUGAACAAGCAGAUGAACUUUGGUUAAGACUGCUUACCUCCCUUCUUCAGACGUUCUCGUCAAUGCGACCAUUGCGCCAAAAAUGAAUUAUAUCUCAGUUGGAGAACAUCUUGCUUGAGUUGAAUAUCAGUCAGUAUCGUUUAGGUAAACUUAGGCAUAAUACAAAAGGGUGGUCAAAUAAGAUAAAAUUAUGGACUUGAAGCAGUGUACAUGUGUACUUGUAUUAUAGUAUUAUAGUUUCGCUGACUUUCAGCAACAAAUCCUGGAAUGUAUAUUUUUUUAUGGUAAAUUAUGAUAUCUAUUAUGAAGUUACAUACACCGAGAACUUUGUAAAAAAAAACCACUCCCUAUAUUUAUGUUUAUGAAAUGAUGAUGAUAUGGAAAGAUUAGUGGCUAAUAAUGGACUUAUUUGUAUGUCAUAUGUAAAACAGCUGUAGUUAGAAUACUCGUGAAGAAUUGUUUAAAUAAUACAAGGAGUUGAAUCAGGAUUCAAAAUUUCUCCAUGAAAUUAUUCAAAAUUCAGCCAUGUAGAUUAGGCGAAAAUUCAUGUGAUCUAUCAAAGUACUGUUUUGAAUGUAUAAAUAAGUCAGACAUUAAACUUUUUUACAAACCAUAA